AGUGACGCGUUCCUUUACGCACAUACACGAACAAAAAAAAUGUAAAAAAUAAAUUAAAAUUCGUGUUAAAUCGGAAUUAAAUAAUUAGAAACAUAAAUAAACUUAAAAACAGUGUCCAGAGUGAUAAUAUAACAUAAAGUGUAAAAUAUUUUAGGAAAUUAUGAAAUUUGUCUGUGGAAUAAACAGUUUACUGACGUGCAUUCUGUGUAGUAAUGAAACGUUCUUGAAUGAAAUAUUUUUUUAUUUUUAGGACAUAGUAAAUUAUAUUUCAAUUAUGGACAUUAUUUGUAAAAUAAUUCGUAUUUAAUGGUAUAAGAACAAACCUACUAUUAUAAUUAGUGGAUACAAAAUUAAUGAUAUGUCAUUGCUUUGUUUGAAGAGCAGGAAGUUUACGCCAAAAAGUGCGACUGCGCACUGGCCAAAUUAGUAGUGUGAAAGAAAAUGGCGAUCAGCGAAAGGCGUCCGGAGUUAACGUGAUGAAAAACAUUGUUAAAAGCUCAAUUACAUAGUGUUAUAGUUAUUAAUUGUGUCAGAUGUAGAUUAAUUAAGUGUUAAUGAAUAGUGAUUGUGUAUAAAAAUGGCUGCGAAUAUGUACAGAGUCGGCGACUGCGUCUAUUUCGAGACGUCGUCGACGUCUCCGUACCAGAUCCGACGGAUAGAAGAGCUGAACAAGACGCCGUCUGGGAACGUGGAAGCAAAAGUCAUGUGCUUCUACAGGCGGCGAGACCUUCCAAAUCCUCUUAUACAGUUAGCUGAUAAGCAUCAAAUGGCCCAGUCGGAAGACUCACCAAUCGCGAUGAAACUCAAGAAAAUAUGCCUUAAAACGCCGGUCGGCGAGGAACAAGCAGCACAAGCAGUUCUCGACCCUGCGCUAGCGGCGAUGGAGGAGGAAUCUAGCGAGUUGCCAGGCACGGACGGCCUGGCGCCCAAACAGCGACACCAGGCGAAACACCGGGAGCUGUUCUUAUCUCGGCACGUGGAGACACUGCCGGCAACACACAUACGCGGCAAGUGCACCGUCACGUUGCUCAACGAGACGGAGUCGCUGCUCAGCUAUCUCAAUAAGGAUGACGCAUUUUUUUAUUGUUUAGUAUUUGAUCCUUCACAAAAGACUUUAUUAGCAGAUAAGGGAGAAAUCAGAGUUGGAAGUAGAUAUCAGACUGAAGUAACUAAUUUAUUAAAAGAUGGCGAGGAGGACGUCCGUAACAGUGAGGAGUUGGAGACGCUGGUUUGGACGCCGGAGCACGGGCUGACGGACCGACAGAUCGACCAGUUCCUGGUGGUAUCGCGCUCCGUCGGCACAUUCGCGCGCGCCCUCGACUGCUCCUCCUCCGUCAAGCAACCCUCGCUGCACAUGUCCGCCGCCGCAGCCAGCCGAGACAUCACACUCUUCCACGCGAUGGAUACCCUGCACAAAUCAGGCUACAGCAUAGAGUCUGCACUGUCCUCGCUAGUGCCCGCAUCGGGCCCAGUACUCUGUCGCGACGAGAUGGAAGAGUGGUCUGCCUCCGAGGCCAAUCUCUUUGAAGAGGCGCUUGACAAGUACGGCAAGGACUUCGCUGAUAUACGGCAGGACUUUUUGCCAUGGAAGACGCUAAAGAACCUUGUAGAGUACUACUACAUGUGGAAGACGACAGACCGCUACGUGCAACAGAAACGCGUCAAGGCGGUGGAGGCCGAGUCCAAGUUGAAACAAGUGUACAUUCCCAACUACAACAAGCCGAACCCGGCCUUGAUAACCAGCAACAGUAGCAGCGGCAAGGCCCCCGCCGUCCUCAACGGAGGCACCAACGGCACCGCCACCGUCACCGCCGCGCAACUCUGCGCCUCCUGCCAAGUGACAAAUUCUAACCAGUGGUACACAUGGGGACCGCAGCAUUUACAAUACAGACUUUGCGGCACAUGCUGGCAAUACUGGAAAAAGUAUGGAGGUCUCAAGACCGCUGGAGUCUUCGGCGAGACCGAAGUAGAAGCCGCGAAAGGCCCUCGCGGCGAGGGCGAAGACACCGCACUGUCUGUGUCUCAUCGUCCACAUCGUUGUACUGUUCUUAAUUGCGCUAAGGAGUUCAAAUUGCGCGCGCAUCUGGCGCGGCACGUGGCGACCGCGCACGGCAGUGGCGAGGGCGCGCGACCUGUGAUGAAGACGCGCGCCGCCUUCUACCUGCGCGCUUCGCCCUUCACGCGCCUGGCACGACGCCUUACGCGCGCUCUACGCCGCCCACGCCAUUACGCGCGCUCGCCUUUCUCGCCCAUCAACCUGACGCAGGUGAAGCACGAGUGUAGCGCUGCCAUGGCGGGGCUGGGGGCCGCCGAGCUCCGCGCGGCCGGCGCGGCGGGCGCGGAUGGCAGCCUGAUGUAUGAACGUGUAUUGUCACGCGCCGAAAUAGAAGCCCGCCGCGCGGAAGCUGCGCCGGCGCAACCUCUAAAACGACGCGCCUACGAUGACAUAAAUGGCCUCGACACGACAGGAGGAGCGCGCGAGGGCGGGGAGUGCGCGGCGCCGCCGCCGGCCAAGCGCCCCAACAAGCACCCCGCGCCCAUGCAGCGGCCCUCGCGCGAGCAGUACGCCGCCAUGUGCGCGCGCGCGCAGGCCACCGGCCAGCCGCUGCCCGCGCACGUCUUUACACACGUGAACGGCAAGCCUACCAACAUUAGUGGUAGAGGCGGCCGCAGACACGUCAUCUCCUGGAUGGACGCGCCAGACGACCUCUACUUCCGAGCGAAUGAGACCGCCAAAAUGGCGCGACGCAGCCUGUCGUGCGGUGAGCUGCGACGUGGCGCGCGCGCCCCCUGGCGGGCGCUGCGCGGGGGCGCAGUAGCGGGCGGGGGCGCUGGGGGCGCGGCGGGCGGCAAGGCUCUGGGCGGCGCGGCGCCGCUGCAGCUGGUGAUCCUGGACUGACAGCCGGCGCCGCGCCCCCGGCCCCCGCCGCC